CCUACAUUUUAAGUAGGUACCUACCUAUUGCACUACCUGCAAAUUUCGUAAUGCGAAUUUGCGAUUAACACGAUUUCUGAAAUUAUUAGUUAAUGUGCUAUUUGCUAUUAUUUCAUUUGUGUUUUCUGUAGUUUAUAAAUAGUUUUUCUUUUCUAGUUAAGGGAAGUGAGCAUUAAUACUUCAUAACUGUUAUAUGAACAUCGUUAGAACAGUACAAAUAUUAUUUAAUCACAAAGUUUCAACAACGGCAUAUAAGAUGGAUCUUCGGCAUUUCCUAAAUCUGUCCUGGUGCAAACCAGACUGGUGUUUUCCGAGUAUGAGCAAAGAAACUAAUGAGCUACUGAGACAAUGUAUAGACCUACCCAAAGCCAAUGUAACAGAUGAUUUGGAUGAACUCAUCAAGAAGAGCAAAGCAUUUCCAGUGCCGUUCCCCAUUGAGACUGUGAGAUUACACGAGCUCAAAGAAAGCAGGCCUAUAGAGAAUUUAAAGAAGAAUGUUGCCUCUACAUACCCCAUCAUACACGAGAGGGUGCUAUAUCUUAUGACACAUUUCCUCAUUUAUAAAAGGGAGUUUGGGACCGCCAUAGAAAAAGCUUUCUAUAAAGACAUGACGGUGCCAGACCUCAUCGACAGGAUAUUGAAGAAGCGAGCGGUCACCUUCAUGGAGGAAAAUGACCAUUAUUUGUUACUGACCGGAGAGACGGGCUACGACGGAUGGGAGUCGAUCGGUACUCUACAACAGAAACCGCCAUUGAUCCUUGAAAACUGUCUCUCCUACGACGAAAUGAAACUCUCGGCGAUGGUAUACGUCAGCGGCCAUACGGAAUGUAUCAACGAUGGUUCUAGAAAUAAUGCAGGAGUUGUCAUGGAGAAGGGAGUGGAAGAGAAUGCAGUUAUAAUUGGCUUAAUAGGCGCAAGAUUCGAACGCAAACUGCGCAUGGAUUGCGAAGACAUAUUGAUAACUGAACAGCAGAACAGUUUGGACAACGGCUACGGUGAGGAAGUGACGCCGACGACAUGUCUGAACGUGUUGAAGACCACUUACGUGAGGAACAAUCAGUCCACUAAGCACAUGUGGAGGCAGAUGUGGUCGGAAUUCUAUCAGGUACACAGCUACACGCACGAAGAGCUCACUUCCUACGUCAAUAUAUCGGAGAAAUCCGAAGACAAACGCUAUACCGACCGUUACGUCAAAGUUCCUGGCACUGAUAUAAUAUUCGACAAUGAGGUCUAUUAUAAGAGGUUGAGCAUCUUAGUCGAAACUACUUUGUUAGAGGCUGAUUAUAGAGCGAGGGAGGCGGAAAAAGACGCGUUUGUCAAUAUCAUUGGGUGUGGUUUAGGAGUGUGGAAGAUAUCGCCACACCAAACGGACGUUUACGUGCUAUCAUUUCUAGAAAGGAUAAGGUCUUACCUCAAAAAGGACUUGUUGAAUCACGUCUCGGAUGUAAACUUCGCGUAUAUUCGCCCCAGCGCUGGUAUACUAGCUUUAUUUGGCGAGAGCGAUGAGAAGAAGAUAUUCUUUGAAUGCAAGAAACAUCCAAGAGGUGGUAUCAACGUUCAAUUGGAAAAUCGUGAACCGGCCGCGAAAUUGACGGGAGAACACGCCGGCAAAUUACUCGUUAUGACUUAUCCUUGGGACGGGAAUGCGCAUCCAGGGAAUGAGUUCUGGCUAGGCAGCCUCACAGGUUCCGGCGAUCCGGCCGCGGCUUGUUCCACACAAAUUGCUGAACUUCAUAACGCACAUAUAAAUACGGCUGUUAGUGCCCACAAUGUCAGAGUGGCGGGGAAGCAUGGUGUCAGUACUCUAUCUGAACACGCUGAGAGGAUUGACACUUAAAUGUGCUACAUUUGUUUAUAAAAUUACAGUUUAUUGUACUAUAUAUAAUUUUACUUAAAUAUUGGACCUUAAUAGAAUGUACUUAUUUAUAGUCAGACUUACUGAUAGACUCUGAUUAUUAAGCGCUAAAGGAAAAUGUGCUAAGAAAAUAUGGCGUCAGAACACAACAAUAAUUUGAAAAUAUACAUUAAGAUAUAUAUGGAUUUUUAUCAUCACUUGUUAAAGUUUUAUCACUAAUUUUCUUAACAAUCUGGCCUUCAACAGAGUAUAACUAAUAGUUAAAUAGCUGAACUACAUUACGCACAUAUAAAUAUAGCUGUUAGUGUCAGUUUGGCGGAAAAAACAUGGCGUCACUAUUCUAUACGAACACGCUGAGAGAAUUGACACUUAGAUAUUAUAUAGAACUUGUUUAUAUCUUGUUUAAUUCAUGUCAUUCCCAUACAUAUUAGGCCUAAACAGAAGGUUAAUACUUAAAAAUCUGAACUCCACAUAAAUAUGAAGUUAUAUUUUUAAAACAAGUUAAAGUUAUGGGAGUACCUAUAUAGUCUUGGCAUUGUCAGUUAUACCUUGUCGUAAAGACCUAAGCAGAGUAAAGCUCUGACUUUAGCGCUUAAACAAUAAGAAUUAAAAAAAAAUAAGCGCAAAAUGGCUCUAAAUUGGCUUGCAAAAUAAGUUCUGGAUAAGUUUGUAGUGUAAGUACUUACUCAAAUUAUACUACGUUUUAAGCGCAACAAUUUGUGUUAAAAUUUUAAGUUGGUUAUUUCUUCUUGUAAAAUAUUUCCUUUUUCAUUAUUGUUUGAAUGUUUACUCGAUUGAUAGCGCAAAAACAAGAAUGAGUGACCAUUAAUUCAUUAAUUAUACUGUCUGAAUGAUAUGCAGAUAAAAAAAUUGUACUUAUAGGUCUAAAUUCGCUUGUAAAAUGAAGUGUGUUUGUUUAAAUUUCAUAUUUUAUUUGGGCAUAUAACAAAAUUGAAGCUGUGAUAAAAUGUAUUAUGAUGUUUAAAAUUUCUUUAUAUCGUUCUUAUGAAGUUUUUUUUAUGGGUGUGAUGGUGUUUAAUGUUUUCUCUGUUUUAUAAUGUCACAAUAAAGUCUGAUUUUGUUUAAAUCUGUGUAUAUGUCAAUUAAGUUUAUAAAGAUUUGUACUGUUUUUUAAUGAAAUAAAGUUUAUUUUGUCCGUACGCUAAAGGUUUAUAUGAAGAUCGCAUCGAGAAACACCGAGAAAUUUCAAUGAUUUUUUUUUCAGACGAAAUACAAAUACGUAAGGUGAAAUUACUACUACAAAAUAUUAUAAUUAAGACAAUAUUAUAUGCGUUGUGUCUCAUUUUAAAUUUAAUGUUGUUUUUUAUCGAGUAGUAGAUUUUGCGAGAACCGGUGACAGAGUAUUUAAAUGUAUCUGAAUGGUAAACGAGAGAUCUUGUGUGUGUCGUACAUUAGUGUGAAUGCUAACCUAUGAUCUUAUGGUGAGAGAAAACAUCGUGAGAAAAGUGUAGGUAUAUUCAGGCGAUUGGAUGUGUAACCAUGAUACAGGGUAUGUUCCCCUGCAUUUUUACGAAGCGACUUCUGUGUGAUUGCAGAGGUCACACAGGAGUCGCUUCGUAAAAAAACCUGACUUACCCAAUUUAGGAUCAUGGUUAUAGGUGAAACCUGGCAUUCCCCAGUGACGAUGUCCGGACGAUUAUGAAGACAAAGCAUGUAUAAAAACAACCUUACCGCUUUGUAAUAAGAAUAAAAUAAGCUCACUAUGAUGUAUCUGUUAACGAAUUUAUUAAACUGUAUGUUGUAUGUAUGUUAUUCUAUAAUUAAUGUUCGUAAAAUAAGCCCCUAAAAUUUAACAUUCCUUAUAUUGAUUGCAUCAACAAGCUGAUACUAUUUGUAAAAGAAAUAGGUUUCUCUGCGAAUUAGAUAAAAUUGAGUUGAUAAAU